ACACUCUUUCACUGAGGACCAUAGAGAAAGUGUCGUUUUCUGUAUUGUGCAUCGCAAGAGUUCUCCCCAGGAGUGAAAAUGGAAAGCCAAUUGUGGGAACUAAUGAGAAAGAUUAAUGAGGCACAGGGACCUUCAGGCCAGACAUCUGGAGAGAAUCCAGAGGAAGAAUGAGCCCAGCUGGCAGCAAAGAGCUGUUGGAGCUGCACAGUGUGGAGGCCUCGGGAGCUGAGGGCUUCAGCAACAGCACUUUCCAGAAUGAAGAUGGCUUUCUUAAAAACGGAAACACAUCAGGAAAGGACUCGCUAAGGAGUAGAGCUGUGCAAAAGGGAGAGCCUGUCAACACCGAACAGGGGGAAGAGUGUGUCAGCAUUGAGCAGGAUUCUCCUAAAAACACAGAAGACAUGGAAGACAGUGAAGACAUGCACCCGAAAGGGUAUCUGGAAAAGAAAUAUGAUGCAGUUUGUGAUAUUUGUAGGAAACACAAAACCACCCUUAAGUACAUCAUCUGGGGCAUUUUAUUAGCAGGUUACCUGGCUAUGGUGAUUGCAGCUUGUGUGCUGAACUUUCGCAGAGCCCUUCCUCUUUUUGUGAUCACUGUGGCUGUCAUCUUCUUUCUUGUCUGGGAUUACUUGAUGGCUAAAUACGAAGAUCGAAUUGAUGAGCUCCUGUCUCCUGGAAGAAGCCUUCUGAACAGGCAUUGGUUCUGGCUAAAGUGGGUACUGUGGAGUUCGCUGAUCCUGGGGGUGAUUUUCUGGCUGAUCUUCGACACAGCCAAAUUGGGCCGACAGCAGCUGGUAUCGUUUGCUGGCCUUGUAAUGUUCCUUCUCCUGACAUUUCUAUUUUCCAAGCACCCAACCAAGGUUUACUGGAGACCUGUCUUUUGGGGAAUUGGGUUACAGUUUCUUAUUGCACUCUUAAUUCUAAGGACAGAACCCGGUUUUGUGGCCUUUGAUUGGUUGGGCAAACAAGUUCAGACUUUCCUGGGGUACACUGACGUUGGCGCUUUGUUUGUCUUUGGUGAGAAGUACACAGACCACUUCUUUGCAUUCAAGAUCCUGCCAAUCGUGGUUUUCUUCAGCACUGUCAUGUCCAUGCUCUACUACCUCAGACUGAUGCAGUGGGUCAUUCGAAAGAUUGGAUGGCUAAUGCUAGUUACUAUGGGAACAUCUCCUGUUGAAUCUGUAGUUGCUUCUGGCAAUGUAUUUGUUGGACAGACAGAGUCUCCACUGCUGGUUCGGCCAUAUCUACCAUACGUCACCAAGUCCGAGCUCCAUGCAAUGAUGACUGCUGGGUUUGCCACCAUUGCUGGAAGCGUCUUAGGCGCAUACAUUUCUUUUGGGGUUUCGUCCUCUCACUUGCUAACUGCUUCCGUUAUGUCAGCACCUGCAUCACUGGCUAUUGCUAAACUCUUUUGGCCUGAGACAGAAACACCUAAAAUAACCCUCAAGAAUGCCAUGAAAAUGGAAAGUGGUGAGUCGAGAAAUCUCCUGGAAGCAGCGACACAGGGCGCAUCCUCAUCCAUCUCCCUGGUGGCAAAUAUCGCCGUGAACCUGAUCGCCUUCCUGGCCCUGUUGUCUUUUCUGAAUUCAGCCCUGUCCUGGUUUGGAAACAUGUUUGACUACCCGCAGCUGAGUUUUGAGAUAAUAUGCUCAUACAUCUUCAUGCCCUUUUCAUUCAUGAUGGGGGUUGACUGGCAAGACAGCUUUAUGGUUGCCAAACUGAUAGGUUAUAAGACAUUCUUCAAUGAAUUUGUGGCUUAUGAGCACCUCUCAAAAUUAAUCAACUUGAGGAAAGAAGCUGGACCCAAAUUUGUCAAUGGGCAGCAGCAAUAUAUGUCGAUUCGUUCUGAGACCAUUGCCACGUAUGCCCUCUGUGGCUUUGCCAACUUUGGUUCCCUAGGAAUAGUGAUCGGCGGACUAACAUCCAUAGCUCCUUCCAGAAAGCACGACAUCACCUCAGGGGCAGUAAGGGCUCUGAUUGCGGGGACCAUCGCCUGCUUCCUGACAGCCUGCAUCGCAGGCAUGCUCUCUGGCUCUCCUGUUGACAUCAACUGCCAUGACAUUUUAGAGAAUGCCUUCAACUUCAGCUUACCUAGAAACACAACUGAAGUGGUUUCUUGUUGCCAAAGUCUAUUCAACAGCACUGAGGUCAUCCCAGGAGGAAACCACAGCCUGUAUUCUUUGAAGGGCUGCUGCAAAUUGUUGAAUCCAUCAACAUUUAACUGCAGUUGGGUCUCUAAUACAUUUUGAGUUCAGCCUCUUUCUCCAGUGAAACAUCUGAGCACUGAUGCUGAAUUUUCUUGCUUUGGGGAGAAAAAAUAAAUCUCUAUAGAUAACUCCAUCAUGGAAUUGGCUUGAAUUGAAAAGAAAGAUGAAAAACAGGAGUGGAUCCUUCAGAUCUACAGCAUCAUCUCCGCUGCACCCCUACCGUAUUGGGACUACACUGAUAUCCCAGCAAGGUUUUCUAGCCUUGGAACUUCAGAGCAUUUCGUCCAAAUACAGAUAUAAAUGGAGUCUCCUAACAAAUGGGUUAUGACUCAGCCACAGGCACAUAGUGGGUUGAUUGAGUUUCUAUCUUAGUAGUCGGCCAUUUUUAUACACAUCCCAGGUGAGAUGACUCUGCUUUCAUAUGACCUGAAAUAGGCUAAAUUUUAAUCUCACAUGAGGAAGACCAUCGGUCACAAACUCAUCACCUGUCUUCAAGAAGUCCUGCAGAAAUCAAGAGUCUUUCAGUAGAGCUCUUAGAGUAUACUGAAGUCAGGUUUUAAAUCCUUCUAUUUAGAGAGUUCUAUCAGUCUGCUUAUGCUAAAUUAUGCUGCAAUAACAAAUAAACCAAAAACCUUGGUGGCUUACAACUGAAGCUUAUCAGUCUGCUUAUGCUAAAUUAUGCUGCAAUAACAAAUAAACCAAAAACCUUGGUGGCUUACAACUGAAGCUUACUUUCCACUCAUAUUAUGUGCUUACUGAGGGUUAGUUUGGGCUGUACUCUGUGUUGUCUUCAUAUCCAGGACCCAGGCUAAAGGAGCAGCCCCUAUGUUGGGUAUACUGAUCUUACAACAGAGGGAAAAGAAAGCUUCUGCUAGGAAGUAGCACCAUUUACUUCCACAAUAUUCCACUGGCGAAAGCAAGUUACAUGACAAGCAUGAUGUCAACGGCCAUGGAAAAAUGAUCUUCUUACGGGGAAGGAUAAUGAAUAUUGUGAAGAAAAUAUGAUCAGGCGCAGUGUGUGUGAUAGCCAUUUCUCCCUUCAAGGAGUCAACCUGUUAUACAGCACAGCUAUCAUGGUCUAUGCAUGUCCAAAUGCGGUUAUAUUCCUGGUGACAAGACUGGGGAAUGGGUACUCUUCAAUGGUUCAGUCAAAAGGUCAUGUAAAGACCACCUGAGGAAGAAAAAUAGGUCCUGAUUGAGAUCCAAAAACCUGCCAUGAUAAUUUAAGACCAGGAAAGCAUCAACAUUAAACUUGCUUAAAGAGUAUCAGCAGCUCAAAAGAAAAUUUUGGAGGCAAUGUUGGAGUGCUCCUUAAUGAAAUGCUUAUUAUCAAAACUCUUGAUAGCAUAAAGGAGAUAAUGUGGGAAAACAUAAUCAAUGUCUCUGAAUCAAAAAGUGAUUCAUAAGAAAAGAGAUUCUGAAUGUGAAGAAGCUUUUGGAAUACCUUAAGUAAUUUAUUUUGUUUACAUUUUUUUUUUUUAAUCCAUGUGUAAAUAGUUGAUUGAUCUUUGGUAAGGGUAUGGUGGUGGUGAAGAAGGGGGCUCCAUGCCCAAAGGAGUCUUUAUCUCUAAAGUACAAUACACUAAGAUAUUUCUAAGUAUUAUGUUUCAAUUUUGCUUGAAACUCAAUGUUCUCUUUUAGUCUUUAAACUUUAUUUUAGGAAAAUAUAAAUACAUUUUCCUAAAAUAAAGUCUACUUUUCUACCCUGUUCUCUGGGUUCUGGUGUCAAUUGUGCAUGUGUUGGUUCUCCUUUGUUUGUCUGCUAUUGUUAUUACCAUCUCUCUAAUUCUUUUUAACUCUGCUUUUUUUCAUUCAAUUUGUCUAAUACUCUGGAGCCUGUCUUCUACAUCCCUGGUUCUUCACAAGAGAACCUCUUUACUGCUUCUAGUGUGCCUUUCUGACCAACUAAUUUUUAAAUUCUGUCUGUGACUAGUAUUCCUUGAAUGUAGCUCUCGUAUGAGCUCUUUUUCUUUAUUUCAAGGAAAACUUAAAAAUCACUGCCCUGUUUUUUUAAUUAGGUUUUCUUCUUUCGAUGCUUUUCAAAUUAUGAAAAGUAAUAGUCAUUUGUUAUAAAAACUGAAGAUUAUACAUAUACAUUAAAAUCUAAACAUCUUUAUCUCUACCUUGUUCAUUCUGGCUCUCUUUCCAGUCCCACACCCCUGAGAUUAUCAAUGUUAAUUGACUAGUGUCCACAACUUUCUCCUUGCUUAUACAAACAUACAUAAGAAUGUGGGAGAGUUGUUGUUUAUAUUCAAAUAUGACAAAUCUAUUUAUGUAUUACUUUCAACUUGCUUCCUUUCACUUGGAAAUGUAUCUUGGACAUUCCUACAAGUUAUGAGAUAUAGUUCUAUCUCUACCCUCCCCUCCCUCAUUCACUGUGUGUUGUGAGGGGGGUACAAUUUUACAUAAAUCAGAUAAUCCACAUGCACGGGAGGAAGGGACUUAGACUUUUUAUUUCCUUUCUAAUUGCUUCUCUCUUCUCCCUUCCUCCAGGCAGAUAGCCCAGGUUUAUAACCUGAUAUGUAACAUCCUGUACUUUUUUCCAUGUUCGUAUUAUCUUUUACCACCAUAAACACCUGUUGAGGAUUGAGAUGGUAGUUUUACAAAUCUGAAAUUAUUCACAUGUCUGUGAAGCUUACUCUUCUUCUGUAGUCACACUUUGUGAAUAUUUCUUCAAGUUCACUGGCAAAACCUUAAUUCAUUCCUCUCAAAGACAUUAUAAUAGAUUAUGGCAUAUUAUGUAUUAAUCCUUUCUCUAUGGACAAGCAUUCAUUUUGUUUUCAGUUUUGUUUCUACUGUGGACAGUGCUUGGGCAUCUGUCUUUACAUACAGUGCUUUUAUUAUCUAUAGAAUUGUUGUCCUAUAGAAAUAUAAUGUGAGUCACAUGUAAUUUUAAAUUUCUUAGUAGCCACAAUAAAUGUAAAAAAACGUAAUAAUAAUAAACCAGGGAAAGUAAUAAUAUACUUUAUAAUAUGUUUAACCCCUACAUAUCCAAAAUACUAUCAUUUCAAUAAGAUAUUCUACAUUCUUUUUAUCAAACUAAUUCUUUGAAAAAUCUGGUGUAUAUUUUACACUUAGUAUAUAUCUAAAUUCAGGCACUAAAUUUUCAUUGGAAAUACCUAAUCUUUAUUUAGAUUUUAUAAAAUUUACAGUUGAAAGGCAGAGUCACGUACCCAAGUUUCUCCAAUAGCUGAGUAUCAAUUUUUUAAUUGAAAUUAAAUAUUUAGCCCCUCAGUUACACAAGCCACAUUUCAAGUACUGAUGACUACCACCUUGGACAGGGCAGUUCUGUACGAUGAUUUGCCAGGUACCUUGAAGUCUCUGUAUAUUUUUGGUAUUAAUAUAUGUUGCCAUAUUGCUUCUUGGAGAACUGUAUUGUCUUAAUUUUCACCUGCUUUGCAGUACAGUCUUUCUGAUAUGUUUUAUUCAUCUACCUCUAUGUGUAUGUGUGAUAUUCCUUUAUAAAUGCAACAUGUUCACGUUAAGCCUUGUGUUGGUUCCUUUUUUAAUAUUGUCCAUCUUUGAAUUGUGGAGGGGUAUUAUUCCUGUGCCUUAUUACAUGAAAGGAUAGUAAGGGUAAGGGCCAGGCAAGUGAGCUGGUGGGCACUUUUUGCUUAUUGCCUCCAGAAACUUUAUCAUCAACACCCUGUGAUGUGGGUGGCUCUGGGCUGGCUGGAAAUGCCCCUCCUCCAGGGGAAACCACUUCAUGCUUGGUGAUGCCUUUACUACUCUUCAGCUGACAAACUGGAGGGCUAUCUGCCCCCUCCCAUUUACCCUCCACCCCCCACCCUGUUGUCUGCAAAGAUGGAGUGUCUGUGUGUUUCCCACAGGAUUCCUCAGUUGUCUGAGGCCACUCAAUGUAUGUUGCUGUCAGUCUACACACUCUGAUCUUGUUUCAAGUCAAGGCUAUGAUAUCUACUUUGCAGAACUUCUGUACUCUGUCUAGGCCACCCAAGAAUUUCUAAGUUCCUCGCUUUCUGCAUCUAUCUUCACAUUGGUACAAUUUUAAUAUUCUGAAAGCCUUUUUUUAUACACAGUAUUAUGGUUCCAGAUAUGUUUCCUAAUUUCAAUAAAGAUGAAGUUUGCUUUA